AUGCCGUUGGCCACAUUAUAUGAAAUGUUGUCAUGGUGCUUCUAAAAAGGCAGUGUUGUUGGAAAUAGAACAACAUAUUCACAUAACCACAUAAAAGUAUGUCAAAUAUACAUAUUACAAAUCUACUCCCCGCUGCAUAUUCAUCAUUUACACAUCAAAACUGACAGCCUUCCAGGAAAUGGAAAUAAAAAAUACUGAUGACUCAUCCUGCACUACGUAUACCGUUGUCCAAUCAAAUGCUCUUUUGAGAACGUCUCUUCCCCAAAACGAUAGCCCUUUCUCUUUGUGUAACAACAGCUCUCAGCUAUGGGCCGUCGAUGUGUAUUUGGCUGCUCUAAUGCACGCACUUUAUUCUGUUUCCCAACUGUAAACUGGCUGCGAAGGAAGUGGCUGGAGUUCGUUCAUUUCGAAGAGACGGGUGUUCAUGUCAACACGCGCCUCUGUGACAGGCAUUUUUCUGACGACUGCUUCACUAAUUUAGGGAUGUUUGGCGCAGGGAUUGUGAAAUACCUCACACUGUCAGAAACAGCAAUUCCUACUCUGUACACUGUGGGGACUUCCCCUCCAGCACGCGUGAGUAUUCACGUUUUCGGAGCAUUAACCCAAGCACCCUGUUCGCUUCCUCAAUAAACGUCAUUGCUUUUGCUGUGCACGAUUCAACAGUGCAUGCUAUUCUAAAGGGUAAAAUGUAUUUGUUGUAAGGGUGAAUAACCUUUAUUCAAAAUAUAAAGUUCUCCACCUCUGAAACGCCCUUUCUUGUCUGUUUUGACGUAAAUGCGUGGUGACGCAAUGAAUCACUGAAUCGACUUUGAACCGGUUCUUUAGAACAAACAGUUAUUGUUCACUGAAAAAGAGUCGGGCUACUGGAGCAUAGAUAGUGCUACACCUGCCCUAACAAACGAGAAAAAAAUGGUGAAGAGGUGCGUUUUAGGCUGUUAUACGCACAAAACCUUGUUCCCUUUCCCGAAAACACCUUGGCUGCGUGCCCGCUGGCUUGAGUUUUUGCAUUUUGAGGAAGGAGGAACAUCGGAGAGCUCGCGCUUGUGUGCUAGACAUUUUGCACCUGAAUGCUUCACAAAUUUGAAGCAGUACGAAAUGGGAUUUUCAGACUUUCUAUACCUGAUAGAUAUGGCUAUCCCGACUAUAUACACCGUUGGUCCCUCACCAAGUGUAAAGCCAUUGACACGAGAGGUGGGCUGCCAAUGUAAUGUGCCACUUAUGAAGAACGUUUCGGUCCAAGCAGUAGUCACCCAAAAGAAGCCAAAAAUACGAAGUAAAGCGAUUCAAGUGAGACCUCUCGUGAGACGCUGCGCGAGCGUCUCCUGCUCUGAAGAGGAUUUCAGCGCCAGCCCCGAAGCUCCAUCCAAAUUGAUGCCAGUAAAAAGACCACGAAUGCAAGAGAGCACUGUUAAGUCCACCAAAGGGCCAUCACAGUGCAAAGAGGAAACAAUACGUCCUACCGACGUGCCUGAUAUCAUUAAAGAGGAUUACAUAAAACUUGAGCCCUGUGAUUCUUCGUACAUCGUCAUCACCAUCUGAAUCCUCCAUCUCGUCAUCUGCGGAGAACAGGAUCUGAGCAGCAAAGGAGAAAAUGAGAAAAUGACAGCUCAAAUGUGCCGGUGAUGUUGAUUACAUUUCUUACAACAAUUCUCACCGCAAGUGAAAUACUCCCUUCUUUGUCAUUUUACCAGUGCUAUUGCCAUGUAAAAUGGAUAACAUUCUCCAUCAAACCUGACUGAGAUCUGACUCUUGGAAAACAUGCAGAUGUGACAGCGUGAUUCUAGUCGACACCUAGAAGUGGCAUGUGGAUGGAAAUGCUAAACUUGCGAUGAUUGAGGAGUACGCGUCUUGUUGUUGUAACCAUCAAUUUUUCAAAGCUUCCUGCUCACAUGACUUACCUUGUCUAUCACCAGUGACACAGUUGAACAGCGAGCUAGUUUAAUGCUGGGUUCACAUCAAACGCGAAUUAAGCGAUUUGCACGAGUAAAUUACAUACAAAGUAAAUGCAAAGACACGUAUAGACACGAACUCACGGCAGGCGAUGCGAUUGACUCGAAUCAGGCGGCGCGAACACUUGUCAAUCUCGUCUUCCGCGAAGGUUGAAAAUAUUUGUCAGAUCGCGUCACUCACGCGAAAAUAACUAAUUUUCCCACGAGUAAUAAAGAGUGUGGAACGCGAUUGUUCGCGUUUGGUGUGAACCCAGCAUAAAGGAUAUGCAUUUAUUUACCAGACGUUAUUGGUCAAAUAAAAGCCAGUCAAUUAUUGAGAACACCCAAGCACAAAUCCUCUAUUUGUUUAAGUAAUCUGUCUUACUUUGAAAAUCCUGUGUACCCAGAGGUAAUAACCGGAUGUGCUAAUAUUUUGUGUACUGGAACGUACAGUAUAGAACACUGUAAACGGCACGCCUGUUUCAUUCAAUUAUGAACUCACAGGCUUGCCAUAUUUACAGAGACUUCAAAUUUAAAGUGUUGGGAAGGUUUAUAAAAAUGGUGAGGAAACUCCAACAUUAAUCGAGAAAGAGUUUCAACUGAGAGGGAAAAGUGUGUUUACAAAAAGACGUCCAAGUCUGGAUUCAAAUCCAAAUCAAAAGACUUUGUGUUGUAUUAAAAUAGUUUUAUACAUUCCAAAUGUCACAAUUUGUGUUACUUUGAUUUAUUAAAUGUGUUUAUAAAAUGAGUUUUAUUCAACUUCCAAUAUAAAUGUGAAAUUUACAAGUCUCUUUUUUGGCAGCUGCAAUGUGUCAAUCAUAAAUAUGAUUUAGACUUGCGGUGUUACAGAGUAAAAAUCAUCUAAUGGCUGUCACAUGAAAUCAAAUCAAGCG